AUGUGCGGGAAGAGGUCCAAGUGCUCCUUCUCCCGCCUGGAGGUGAUCCUCAUCAUUUGCCUGGCAUUGAUGAUAGCAGUGACCGUGGUGCUCCUCGUCCUCCACCUUCUCAUCAAAGAGAAUCCCAGCGAAGUAACAGCAAACUAUUUACUGGGUGUAGGUCGAGCUGACUGCACGGGACCUGUGGCAGAAAUCCCUCUGAUGGGAUAUGCCAAUCCAGACCAGGUGGGCGGUGGGCUUCUCAUGCGCCUCUACAGCCGAGCCUUCAUCGUGGCAGACCUGGAUGACUCCAGGCGAGUAGUGUUUGUCAGCGCUGACAUAGGAAUGGUGUCUCAGAGACUGAGGCUGGAGGUGCUCAAGAAACUGAAGAACAAGUACGGCGAGCUGUACCGACAGGACAACGUCAUCCUCAGUGGCACCCACACGCACUCGGGGCCUGGUGGCUACUUCCAGUACACCCUCUUCUGGAUCACUAGCAAAGGGCUAAUCAGACCGUCCCUCAACGCUAUUGUGAAUGGCAUCAUAAGGAGCAUUGAUAUAGCACAUCAGAACAUGAAGAGAGGAAGGCUUUUAAUAAACAGAGGCACUGUAGAAAACAGCCAGAUCAACCGAAGCCCUUUCUCCUAUCUUGAGAAUCCAGAGUCUGAACGAAGCAGGUAUUCAUCCAAUGUGGAUAAAGAAAUGGUGGUGCUGAAGAUGGUAGACGAGAAUGGGCAGGAGCUAGGCCUUAUCAGCUGGUUUGCUGUGCACCCGGUCAGCAUGAACAACACAAACCGUCUUGUGAACAGUGACAACAUGGGCUACGCAUCUUACUUGUUUGAACAGGAGAAGAACAAGGGGAUGCUUCCCGGAGAGGGCUCUUUUGUUGCUGCCUUUGCAUCCUCCAACUUGGGAGAUGUGUCACCCAACACUAAAGGCCCAUUCUGCGUAAACACGGGGGAGUCAUGCAAUAACCCACAGAGCACCUGUCCCGUGGGGGGGGCAACGAUGUGCAUGGCCAUGGGUCCUGGUAAUGACAUGUUUGACAGUACAAAAAUUAUAGGGCAAAACAUCUACACGAAAGCGAAGGAGCUGUAUGAAAAAGCUUCCCAGGAGGUCACAGGACCCCUCAGUUCAGCUCACCAGUGGGUCAACAUGAGUGAUGUCUUGGUGGAGCUCAAUGCCACACACACGGUCAAAACAUGCAAACCAGCCUUAGGACAUAGCUUUGCCGCUGGGACUAUUGAUGGAGUGGGGGCUUUCAACUUCACACAAGGUUCAGUAGAAGGGGACCCAUUCUGGGAUGGAAUCCGGGACCAGCUGCUGGGAAAGCCGUCCAAUGAAACACAAGCCUGCCACAAACCCAAGCCAAUCCUAUUUAGCACCGGAGAGAUGACUUGGCCUCACCCAUGGCACCCUGACAUCGUGGAUGUUCAGAUCGCUGCCAUGGGAUCGCUGGCAAUCGUUGCCGUUCCCGGGGAGCUCACGACCAUGUCUGGACGCAGGUUACGGGAAGCUGUUAAAAGAGAAUUUGACUCUCACGGUACACCAAGAAUUGACGUCGUAAUUGCAGGUCUAUGCAACGUCUACACCCAUUACAUUGCCACCUAUGAAGAAUACCAGGUUCAACGAUACGAGGCUGCAUCAACUAUUUAUGGGCCACACACCCUUUCUGCUUAUAUUCAACUGUACAGAGGACUUGCAAGGGCUAUUGCUACGAAUACAGUUCAGGAUUUGCCACGUGGUCCAGAGCCCCCUGUUUUCAACAUAGGUAACAUGACCUUGUUGCCUGCUGUCACUGCCGAUCGUGUGCCGGUGAACAAGACAUUUGGAGAUGUGCUACAAGAAGUGAGACAACAGUAUCGAGUGAGAGAGGUUGCUGAAGUAACUUUUGUAGGUGCAAACCCCAGGAACUCUGCAGAGAAUGCGACUGAACACAACUUUCUGACAGUGGAGAGAUAUACCAACACUUCAGACAGCUGGCAUGUGGUACAGAACGAUGCCUCCUGGGACACCAGGUUUUACUGGACCAAAGGAUUACUUGGUCGGAGCAAGGUGACUAUUGAAUGGCACAUCCCUCAUGGCACAGAGCUGGGUGUCUACAGGAUACGGUACUUUGGGCACUACAGGAGAAAUCUGUCUAACAAUCACGCCGUCUUUAUUCCAUUUGAAGGCACAUCUUCAGCGUUUGAAAUCACAGCCCUGUAG